UUAGUUAGAUGGUUUAACUUAAAUAGUCUCUCGUUCUCAUAGUUGAAACUUACAGAGCCAGCUAGCUAGCUAGCUGUCAUCAGCCUUCCCAUCCACUCUCAGGUCUGAGUCGUGUCACUGAAAACGUUGGGAGGCUGACUGAGUUAAGAACAUGGCAGGCUUGUGGAGAUCAUAUCAGGCACUGAUGUCCAGACAUCCAUGGAAAGUGCAGAUAUUCACAGCCGGCUGCCUGGUGGGGGUGGGGGAUGUCAUCUCUCAGCAGGCGAUUGAGAGGAGGGGUCUGGCCAAUCACAACCUGCCAAGGACCGCCAGGAUGAUGAGCAUUGGCUUCUGCUUCGCGGGUCCGUUUCUGGGAGGAUGGUACAAAGUUCUGGACAGGCUGGUCACGGGAACGUCCAAAAGCACCGCGCUGAAGAAAAUGCUUUUAGACCAGGUGUUUAUCGCACCCUGUUUUCUCGGGACCUUCUUGGGCAUCUCUGGAGCCCUGAACGGGCUGACGGUGGAUGAGAACAUCGCCAAACUCAAGAGGGAUUACACCGACGCCCUCAUCGCCAGUUACUCCGUUUGGCCGGCUGUGCAGAUGGCCAACUUUUACUUCGUACCGCUCCAUCACAGGCUGGCCGUGGUCCAGAUCGUGGCGGUGGCUUGGAAUUCCUAUCUGUCUUGGAAGGCCAAUAAGAUGUGACGGAUAAGCUCGGGCCCCAUACUACCUCUGCACUAGCGCAUAGGAAAGUCGACGGUUUCGCUGUGGUCGAAAUGCGAUUAACUUCAAGCGAACCCUUGCUCAAAACCGUUAAAAAAGAAGACGGAAAAAAACGAAUUGCCAAUGCAGAUUUGUAGUCAUUUUAGACAAUUGAAAUUUUUUUGUUAUGUUGUUACAGAUAAUUUGUACAUACUUUGUAUAUGUUUCCUAUACUUGAAGAAUGUACAUGCAUUGGAUUAUGCAGUAUAUUAAAGGAAUUUUUUUCACUAUGAAA